GGAGGCGGCGGGGCCGAGGAGGAGGAGGCGGCCCCUGAUCCGUUGCAGCCCGGCCCCGGGGAGGGAUUUAGCCGGAGCCUUGGCUGCUGCCCUCGUUGCUGCUCCGGAGCCAAGCUGCUCCCCUUCCCGGCCGCCCCGAUCUCCGGCUGCUCUCCAAGCGAACGCCCGGAAAGCGGCGCCAAGGGCGCACGGACCUCUCCAAAGAGCCGGCGGUUGUUGCGCGCUAGGGCGCACCGUCGGGGCGCCUCUUCCCGCGGUUCCCCGGCGGCUGCGAGAGACGCAUGGCGCUGAUUUGGGGGGUCGGGGUACUUCUGGCUUCCUGCGCUCCCUUCGGGGUUGGCGGCUUUUCCCCCGGAGCGGCGCCGGAGCGGCGCGAAGGCACUUCGACAGCACGGAAGGACGAUGUUGGGACUCAGCGGCCAUGGGAUGACAGGACCUGUUCGUGGCCCAUCUCACCAACGAUCCUGCAGGGUGGGCAGCCUGUCAGCCUGAAGGAGGCAGCCUUGGGGUCUCAGGGCUUCCCAGCUCGGCUGAGGGUUGCGCUGGAGGUCGAGGGAAAUCGCCUCCUCCUGGACUUGGUACAGAAUCGGGAGCUGCUGGCAGGCACCCAAGGACUCGUCUAUUGCCUGUCCAACGGGGAGAGGGCGACGCGUCCGACGAGCACGGAGGGCAAUUGCUGCUAUCGAGGCAAGAUCCAGGGCUACCGAGACUCCUGGGCCAAUGUCUGCGUUUGCUCUGGGCUAAGUGGUCUGCUGGUUGUGUCCAGCGACAGAAGCUACAGCCUGGAGUCCAGCGCAGAAGAGAAUCAGGGUACGAGGGCCUACAGACUUGAGUCGGUCAGGCAAGAGACAGGGGAAUGUGUGCUGGUGUCUCUGUCCCGGGGACAGUUCCACCCGCGGCCUCAGCCCGAGCGCAGCUGGCUACAAAGGGCGAAGCGAGAGGCGAAGCCUGAACGUGGAUUUGUGGAGCUGGUGAUGGUGGCUGACCAGGCAGAGUUUGAGCUGAACCCCGACCUCAACUGGACGCAGACACGGAUGCUAGAGAUCGCCAGCCACAUGGAUGGGUUUUACCGGACGGUUGGUCUGCGGGUGGCUCUCGUCGGCCUCGAAGUCUGGAACAAGGGGAACCGUGUUUCUGUGGACGGUUCCCCCCGGGCGGUUCUGGAGCGGCUCCUGCGGUGGAGGCAGGAGGAACUGCUUCCUCGGAUCCCACACGACAGCAUCCAGCUUAUCAUGGGAUCUCCAUUCACAGGAGGCUCAAUAGGAACGGCCACGCAGGGUUCGAUUUGCUCCCAUCGCUCCGGCGGAGUCAGCAUGGACCACUCGGUCAGCCCCUUGAUGAUUGCCUCGACUCUUUCCCACCAACUAGGCCACAACCUGGGCCUCGACCACGAUGGCGCUGGCUGCAGCUGUGACGGCUCUGGCCCUAACUCCCCCCCUGGUCGCAGCUGCAUCAUGGAGCCACUGACGGGCUUCAUGCCCGGUUUAGCCUUCAGCAGCUGCAGCCACCGGAAGCUCCAGCAGAUCCUGCAAAGCGACCGGGUGUGGUGCCUCCUCGAUGUGCCGGAUCCAGGGCGCCUGGUGGAUUCUCGCUGCGGGAACUUCCUUGUGGAGGAAAAGGAGGAGUGCGAUUGCGGCCUCCUGGUGGAUUGUAGAGACCCAUGUUGCAAUGCAAGCUCCUGCAAGCUGAUGCCCGGAGCCCAAUGUGCCACGGGGGGAGCCUGUUGCCAUGAGUGCAAGCUCCGCAGCGCAGGAUUUCCCUGCCGGGAAGCCCAGAACGAAUGCGACCUCCCCGAAUACUGCGACGGUACCUCCCCGCGUUGCCGGGCCAACUUCCACAAGCAAGACGGGACGCCGUGUGGGGACGGGAAGGCCGUCUGCUAUGGUGGGGUCUGCCCCAAUUACUUGAGCCAGUGCCAAGAACUCUGGGGCCCAGGUUCAGUCCCUGUCUCGGACGCCUGUGUGGCCUCUUUGAAUGGCAGAGGUGACCUGGAAGGGCACUGUGGUCAGCAAGGCAAUGGUUCCUAUUUGCCGUGUUCAGAGAAGGACGCCCUGUGUGGGCGGCUGCAGUGCCAACCCAGCAGCUCCAAUGCUAGAAAACAGAAUAGAACGACCAGGGCUCCCGAAUGCCCACAUCACACCCCGACUCCUGUUGAUGACAUCCUGGAUCUGGCCAUGGUGUUGCCCGGCACAGGCUGUGGGGCUGGCAAGGUGUGUGUUGACCAACGGUGUCGAAAUCUCUCCUCGCUCAAGCUGCCAGCAUGCCAGUGCAACGGCCAUGGGGUAUGUAACAGCAAAGGACACUGCCAUUGUCAGUCUGGCUGGGCCCCUCCGAACUGCCUGAGCAGUGGGUCGGGGGGCAGCAUAGACAGCGGGUCGGCUGCUACGGAGUCAAGGGGCAGUGCCACCUCGACCGCCUUAGUGCUGACAGCCCUCUUGCUCGUCUUGGUCCUCUGCCUCGGGAUCUACUGCACCAAGCGGGUCGGCCUCCACAAGCGCCUCUGGCAGAUCGGCAAGGGCACCAGCUGCCAGUACAGCACUGAGGCAGAGUCCCGGGUGCGAUUCAUCUGCCCAGCUGAACAAAGAGGGAUUACACACCCGGAGCCUCGGAGCUACAGUCAAGCCCCCCCAGAGCGCCCCCGACCCCCACAGUUCAGGCAGAACACCGAACUCCAGCUCAUGCCGGCUUCCAAGCCUGCUGCCCCCGAUGCCUCUCGACCUGACCCACCAUCCAAGCCUCUUCCGCCUGACCCGAUCCCAAAGGGUCAACAGCAUGUCUUGUCUGUUGCUGUACCUCCUCUUUCUGCCCAGGCCUCGGUCCAGGACAGGCCAGCGCCCCCAACGCGCCCGUUGCCUGCUGACCCCAUUCCUAAAGAUGCUCAGGUAACUGGCACCGUGGUGCCAUUCCUGGUGGUGGUGUGUGUUUUUUUCGGAGAGGGGGGAGGGUGGUCUGUCUGGGGAGGGUGGGUGGAUGGGAACAGCUGUGGGGGUAAAUGGGAAGGUCUCGGUUCAGGCUGGGGGAACGCCCUCCCCCAGUUCCCCCUCCGGAAACAGGGAACGAUCCCUCUUCUCCAUACAGCCGGACAUUUUAUCCAAAUAUCGAUAAAUUCCACCUGAAAUCCAUUUCCCAGUUGUCCAGGAAGUUCCAGACCUAUGCCAGCCCUAUCCUCCCCGUCCAAUGGGGAAGAAUUUUUAUCCCAUAAUUUUCACCUUGCCUGGCUCUCACCCUGCUGUGGGCCAAAAGCAGAAAGCUGUUGGAGAGCUGGUGCUUUUUUUUUGUGCCACUUGCCCUUCUUGGAAUAGAGCAGUGCGAUAGAGCAAAGCAUUCUGGGAAGUGCGGCUGAUGGGAAGCUCCCAUGAGUGCCUAGCGUUGCCGUGAGUGAGACGCAGCCCUCUUUAGCAUCUCAUGCAAUACUGGAACCUUGCGGCCAUCCAGGGACGCCGAAUGUCGAGAGGUUCGAAGCAGACGAAAGGAAAGACAUGGUUAAACUGUGGAACUCACUCCCACAGGAGGCAGAGAGGGCCACCGAGAUGGGUGGCUUUGAAAGAGGAUUAGACAGAUGGAUGGAGAAGAAAGCUGUUCUGCUCACAGAGCUACAAUUCCCCGAGUUUCCCCAGGAAGAGGGAUUAAUUGUUAAGCCACCCGCAGAAUUGUAGCUCUGUGAGGUGAAUGGGGAGGUCUCUUAACAGCUCUCUGCACCCAUAACAAACUACAGCUCCCAGAAUUCUUUGAGAGAAGCCAUGGCUGUUUAUUGGGCUUUCCAAGUGCUUUAAAUGCAUGGUGCGAAUGUGGCCUGAGGCAAAUUUUAGGCACGGGACACAACAACCAGUCAGUGGUGUUUAAAACCCCGUGUACCACUUCGAGCAGCCAUGGCUUCUCCUAAAGACUUCUGGGAGCUGUUUUCUUGUCCAGGGCGCUGAGAGUUGCUAGCAGGCCCUUCUAUUCCCUGCCCAGAGUAGGGUAACAAUCCCUUUUCCCGGGGAAAAGAAGUGAAACUUGUAAUGGCGCAGAGCUCCACACUAUUCAGCUGCUGAGGCCCACAAGUGAAGAGAGGCCCACAGAGCUCAUUUGCGUGGUUCCCUCUCUGAGCAUCAUUUAGCUUCAUACCAGGCAUGGAA